CCACCAUCUCGCCAUGACGAUUGAAAAGACUGCGCAACCUUUAAGCGCAAUCGAGUGGACGAUAUGAUCACGGUGGCGCUAAAUGAUCUUGCAUCUGCCGGGAGUCGCUUGGCUAUUGCCCAGAUAGGUAGACUGAAUGCUAUCCCUUCCAUCUUCGGAGCGGAAAGUCGGCGCUGAGAGACACACCAGAUUGUCCACGGCGGACAGAGGAAAUAGAACCACCCUCAAAGGGCCAUGACGACAGGGGUACAGAAACCAAUGCUGAACGGGUCUCUACAGGUAAAAACGGCAGCCGAUUAUAGACUAGGGGGUGAAGGGGGAAGGGAUGGAGGGGGGCGGCGGCACGACUGCGAGCCAGUCAGAGAGAAGGAUAAGUCCGAAACGAACCAAAAGGGUGAGAGGAGAGGAGGUCACGGUAGUGGGAAUAGUGGGAAUAGUGAAAAAAAAAACACACAAAGACAGAGCAGACAGAUAGACAGGUCGAGGAAGUUCGAGUCGGGACAAGGGAGGAAGCAGGCUGGAGCCCGCUCGGAAGCGCGACCGAGAAUAGAGGCAGGCGGAGACGCAAGAGGUUGUUGGUAAGGAGAAGCGGUCAAGGGCCCAAUAGAGGCAAAGCGAGUGGACUCAUAGUCUCAAUUUACCCAGCAAGCAUCCGUCCUGCCCGCAUCGGAUGAGGACUGAGAUUAUCU